UAUUUUUGAGAAACAUUUAGAAUUACCCAGAGGACACUACGAGGAGGCGGUUCUCAUUAUCCUCCAAAAAUUAUUUUCAUAAAUAUUAGAGCAUAGCGUAAUAUCUGUCAUCCGAAUAAUAUCUGCCUAUUGUUUUUACUCAUUAUCUAUUAUAAUUGUCAAUCAACAAUCGUCAGUUUAAGGAAAACAAUUAAAUAUAUAUUAAAAUUGUAGGUACUAGGAAGUCUUGAGAAUUGUUAUACAAUGUGGACUAGAAAUUACAGUUACCGACACUCUAGUGCCCCCAACUCUGACCCCCCCCCCUUGGAUCGCCCCUGAACAACACAGCGGUAUCCAGUAUCCACUGCCCGUCUGCCCACCAUUUUUAAAUUACAAUUUUUUUAAUUAGAAUAAUUUGUAAUCUUGGAUAUUUAAUCCCACUUACACUAAUUAUUAUGGAUUACUUUUUACUGUGCUAGAACUUUCUGACCGAUUCACCAAUUGACGAUUAGUGAUAAUUUAGUAUCUAAGUGCCUAUUGAUUACGUAACGUGAAAUAUUUAUCAUAUUAUUAUUUUUUCCGUGUUAUCGGUUUGGAUUUCAGCAAAAAAUUGACGUGUUCUUAUCAUUUACGUUAUCGAGACAUCGAGCUGAAUCCCGAGAAAAUUGAGUACUGACUACACUGUACAGAAGUAUAAACGCCUUAAACAGUAAUCAUUACAUUUACAAUUUACAUUCUUAACUAUAGAAUGUACUAUGACUACCUCGUAAAAAUAUUUAAUUCAAAAUAAAUUCGAAUAAAUUAUUAUUUAUUUACGUUUAAUUUUUAUAUUUGAUUUCGUUUUGACUCAACCUCUCAAUUACACCUAUCAUUGUUAUUAUGUUAUUAUAAAUAGUAUUACCAUUCAACCACACCCAUAGCAGUAUUAUCUUUAGAAAUGGGUCUUUGUAAAUGUCCAAAACGCAAAACUACGAGUCAUUUUUGUUUUCAUCAUUGUGUCAAUGUCUGUGAGCAUUGCAUCGUUAACAAUCAUACAACAUGUACUGUUAAAUCAUAUACCACCUGGUUGAAAGAAGCAAGUGGUAGCAUAUCAUCGUCAUCGGUUACAGCAGCUGCACUAUGUGCUGUUUGUCAAAAGCAAUUCGUUUUAUCAUCAAAAGAAGUUGACAAUUCAACAGUCCAUUUUAAUGGCGCUAGAAGUAAUACAAAAAUUCCAAUACGGCUUUUAUGCUAUCAUGUAGUGCAUACACGGUGUUUAUCAUCUUAUGUUAAAAAGCAAUUUAAAGAAGGAAACAUUUUAAAAUGUCCAUCAUGUGAUCGACAAUUGUGGACACAGCAACACGGCCAAUCACAAGUUUCUGAUGACAACUCAGGAGUUGAAUCCAAUGAUUUAACACCUGUUGCAUCACUGUUGUACAAACAUUUAUUGGAUAAUGGCAGUUGGUGGGGCCAGGCAUUGAUUACAAAUAGAAAUGGGAAUGAUAUUGAGAAAUAUUUAAUUGAAGAUGAACUUCAUGAACUUGAAGAAGAGUCAGAUGAAGAAAUACAACAAUUUGAAAACCUAUCAACAUUAAAAGAUAAUACAUCUCAAAUAAAUAUUAGUGGAAACAAUAUAUCUCCAAUCACACUAGCUGAAAAAAUGCAUUUACCUGAUAGUAAUAUUGGUUAUUACAAUAAUUAUGAAUUAGCACAAACAAUACCGGAUGUAACAACUAUCAACUACCGCAAUAAUACAAAUCAAAUGUAUCAGCCAAUCCAUCAUCGACACUUCAAUAAUAACUAUGGUCAAGAUUCUUCAUUAACAUUUCAACAGCUGCAGCAUCAACAACAACAACAACAACAUCAACAACAACAACAGCAACAGUGUUCAUCUGUUAAUAUGACAACAAUUGCACAGAAUUCAGAUUUGAAUAAUAGACAUGUGAUAACAUCCACUACUCCAUUACUGUUAAAUAAUGAAAAUCAUUUAAAUCAUGAUGAACAACAAGAUCCUAGUGGCAAAUACAGACCUAAAAAGUUUAAUAAUCAAUCUUGGUCUUUAUGUUACCAACGACUAAUGCAAUAUUUUCGUGGUACAAACAAUAAAGCAGAAGAUAAUAGUACUACAAGAAUUGCCACAAUAAUAAUUUUUGGUUUAUUAAUCAUUGUGGUGUUGUUAGUAGCUAUUACUAGUUAUACACGUUCCAAUAAUGAACCAUUUGAUAAUAACAGCAUAGAUUAUGCUGGAGAUGAAAUUGAAAAUAAUGGCGGUGGUGCAGCAACAAAUUUAAAAAGUUUCAAUGUUAACAACUUGUAGCACUAAAUGUAAUUUUAGUGAUAUUACCAAG